AUGGAGGAUAUCCCUUAUGCAUCAGCUAUAGGGAGCCUCAUGUAUGCUCAAGUUUGCACACUCCCAGAUAUUGCAUAUACAGUUGGAAUGCUUGGCAAAUAUUUGAGUAAUCCAAGCUUGGAUCAUUGGAAAGCUGCUAAAAGGGUAAUGUGGUACUUGCAAAGAACAAAAGAUUAUAUGCUCACAUAUGAGAGGUCAGAACAUCUUGAGAUCGUUGGAUUCUCAAACUCCGAUUUUGCUGGUUACCUCGAUGGUAGAGAUCCACUUCAGGCUCUUCUGCAAAGCUGCCAUGGCGGCCAGGAAAGAAAGGUAGAUAUCGAUCUUUACCUAGUCUACAUUGUAUACAUGGGAGAGCGGCCUCAAGGAGACUUUUCUGUUGCAUCAACGCACCAUUCCAUGCUCGAAGGAGUACUCGGAAGUACUUUAUUGGCCAAAAAGUCGCUAAUUUACAGUUAUGGGAGGAGUUUCAACGGAUUUGCUGCCAAGUUGACCGACGAAGAAGUUGGCACGUUGUCAGAAAUGCAAGGUGUUGUUUCAGUACUUCCAAACCAUAAAUUAAAGCUUCACACUACAAGGUCAUGGGAUUUUGUGGGUCUCCCAAGAAGCAAAGACGUUGUAGGCCAUCAAGGGGAUAUCAUUAUAGGGCUACUUGAUACAGGAAUCUGGCCAGAGUCUGAAAGCUUUAAUGAUGAAGGGCUUAGCUCACCACCCAGAAAAUGGAAGGGUAUAUGCCAUGGUGCCAACUUCACCUGCAACAAAAAGAUCAUUGGAGGCCGUUUCUACAACAUCGACCAGUCCUUCAAGAGCACUGAGUUCAUAUCUCCAAGAGAUUCUGAGGGCCAUGGAACCCAUACUUCCUCCACAGCUGCAGGAAGGAAGAUAGCAAGCGCAAGCUACUAUGGGCUAGCAAAUGGAACUGCGAGAGGUGGAGUUCCAAGUGCAAGGAUCGCCAUGUAUAAAGUUUGCUGGUCAACCGGAUGUUCCUCAGCAGAUAUCUUGGCAGCAUAUGACGAUGCAAUAGCAGAUGGAGUUGACAUUAUUUCGGUGUCCAUUGGUUCUGACGAGGUCGUCCAAUAUUUUGAAGACCCAAUUGCUAUUGGGGCUUUCCACGCCAUGAGAAAAGGUAUUUUGACCUCGGCUUCUGCUGGAAACUCAGGGCCAACCCCAUCAACCAUCUCCAAUUAUGCACCUUGGAUUCUCACUGUUGCAGCCAACACCAUUGACAGAAAAUUUGUUUCCCAAGUUGUGCUUGGCAACGGACAAGUAUACACCGGACUCUCCAUCAAUAGCUUUGAUCUAUAUGGAAAAUCAUUUCCCUUGAUUUGGGGUGGAGAUGCUGCAAACUACUCUGCAGGUUUUGACCCGGAGAUUUCAAAAUCCUGCUCCCCAGGUUCCCUUAAUUCAUACAAAGUUGAAGGAAAGAUUGUCUUGUGUCGAAACCCCCAGAGUGACACUGGCGUUCUGAGCGCUAAUGGUGUGGGAAUCAUUAUGAUCGACUCAUUUACCAACGAUUUUGCCAUCAGUUACUCGUUACCAGCAACACGGAUAAGCACAGACGAUGGCCUCAAAAUUCUGGACUACAUUAGAUCAACAGAAAACCCAGUCGCAACUAUUUUAGUUGGUGAGACUUGGAAGGACGUUGUGGCACCUUAUAUUGCCUCAUUUUCUUCUAGAGGACCAAGCCUUAUCACCCCAGACAUUCUCAAGCCGGAUCUAACCGCCCCCGGAGUGGACAUUCUUGCUGCUUGGUCUCCUGUGGCACGAGCUUCCAAUGACUUUGGGGACACAAGGAGUGUCAAGUUCAAUAUAAUUUCAGGCACAUCUAUGGCUUGCCCUCAUGCUAGUGGUGCAGCUGCAUAUGUUAAGGCUGCCCAUCCCAACUGGUCGCCUGCUGCCAUUAAAUCUGCACUCAUGACGACAGUUCACAGGAUGGACCCAGAGAAGCAUGAAGAUCUUGAAUUUGCCUAUGGAUCAGGUCACAUCAACCCAUCAAAAGCCAUAGACCCCGGGCUAGUCUAUGAUUCAUCUGAGGCAGACUACAUCGACUUCCUUUGCAAGCAGGGCUAUAAUAGCACCACACUAAGACUCAUCACUGGAGACAACAGUAGUUUCUGCACCACCACUGUGCCUGAAAGAGCUUGGGGGCUUAACUAUCCCUCAUUCUCCCUACCUAUGGAAGAUGGCUCACCAAUUAAAGCUGUGUUCACUAGAACAGUCACCAACGUUGGCCCUCCAAACUCGACCUACACUCUCAGUUUUCACAUGCCUCCAUCUAUUGCUGUUGUAGUGGAGCCAUCUGUCCUGUCAUUCUCUGCCACUGGAGAGAAGAAGAAGUUCAGAGUGAAGGUACAUGGCCCAAAGAUUGCACAACAGCCGAUCACAUCAGGAGAGAUUAUAUGGACUGAUGGGGUUCAUGUGGUGAGAAGCCCACUUGUGGCUUACACAGUUCUCCCUGGUUCAACAUUCUCCUCCUUCCCAUCUCAGAAAGAACCAAAUUUCAAUUAA